UUGUAAUGCCUGCUCUUUCAGACUGGUUUGUUUGAAGACAUCAGUGAAGGGUUGAAAAAGGCCAAGGUGGUUGUGGCAUGUGUCUCAGAUGAGUAUGCCAACUCGCCUAACUGCAUGAUGGAGCUAAGAUUCGCCAUGCUGAACUUACGCAAGCCUCUCGUGGCGUGUGUGGUGGGAACUAAGAGCGAAUGGGAAACCAGUGAGGUCAGCAUCCUUCUAAUGCGUGGACGGGCCUCUGACACAAGUAAGAAGAAUACUCUUCCCCCCAAGUUCAACUUUCAGCAGAAUCUGAAGGAAUAUCCACCAAUGUUCCUGAAGGAAAUACAAGACAGAAUUGCUCAGGUGAAGGAGGAAAUGGAAAAGAAAGAAGCUGUCAAGGCCCAACCUGCGGAAGCUGCAGAUCACACACCAGCAGCGGAGAAACGACAGAAACAAGAGAAAAUUGUCUCUUUCCAGGAGGAGUUUGAGCUUAUCCAGAGAAAGCUGAUGAGGUUUAUUGAAGUCCACCAUGCCAUCAAUCUUGAUAUCAUGCCGUACCCAAAACUGUGCGUACUGGACUACGUGGACCUGGAAGGUCAUGCUGAGGCCAUCAAGAAGAGUAUGGUCAAUCUUCAGCCACCUGUCAGUGAUCCCGAUGAUCAAACUGGUCAGCACCGCAAGUUGGUAUGCAAGAUUCUCUGUGAAUAUGAACAGGGCUGGCACUUGAGUGGGCCACCUAUUCUCCUGAAGCUGAAAGACCAGGAGAAGUUUAUAGCCGACUCGGCAGCCUAUCUGGCCAGAAUGAAUGCCGUUCUCAAACACAGUGGGGUCAACCUGACCUGUAUGGGGGGCUCGGACGAGGCACUAGAGUUUGUCAGAGACAUUGAGCUGAAAGGAACAGACACUUCCGGGUUUGCCAAGGCCUUCAAACAUUUCCGUGAAGAGGUGAUGAAGAAUGAUGUGCAUAAAGUUAGAGGACAUUUGAAAAGAUGUUUGUUGCCCAGUGGUAAAAUCCGCUGGUUGUGUCCCAAGCAUGCAGACGGACCUCGUAUUACUAUCUUGAACAGCGACCUGGCCACAGCUAAAGAUGCUGUGUUGCCAUACUCUAAAUGUGAUGAAGAAACAAUGCAGCUCAUCAAAGCGGAUUCUAAAUAUGAGCAAACUGUACAGGCCAGACAGACCCAGGGGCAAGAUGCAGCCAGCGCCCUGAAAAUCACUGCCCAAGACCUGCAAGCUCCUAGAAUUGCAGAGCAUGUGACCAUCAAUGGUCCCGCCUCACCAAAGAAAUUGGAAAAGAAAAAAUCUACCAGAAAGAUGAAAGCUACACAAGCUGCUGCUAGAGUUGCUGGAUCAUAUGCAAAGGCCAAAAAGAACAAUUCUGUGGUCCAGGAGAGUAAUGGUCAGGCACCUGCUCAGGCACCUGCCCAGGCACCUGCCCAGGCACAAAGUGAAGGAAAUGGGGAGAAGAAGAGCAAAGCGUGUGUUAUAAUGUAAUUAUAUAAUCCUCAAAGUCAACAACAGUUGUUGCCUGGCUGAUUUUGUCAGUGUCAUAUGAGGAUGUGACUUUGUGGAAGUAUAAUUAUUUAAGCAAGAGGUUCUGAUGUUGAACUAUUCAUUAUUCCCAAAAUUUUGAUUUUACAAGUGUGCUUAUGCAAUUAAUGUUGUGAUAUUUCUGCUUGAUUGUAAUUUUCAACCACAAAUCAGGGAUAGAAAGUUCCCUCCCUCUAGAGAAUCACCUCAUUAUUCAAACAAGAAAUUUGAAAGCUGCUGGAGUUCGAAUAAAAUUUUAAGAAAGGGAACGUUUCUGGAGGGAGAGAGUUUUCCUCCUUUUUUUAAGGCUGAUCUCUUUCCAUCACUUAUAAAUAUAUGUAAGAGGUGAUAUAUAUAUUAUGUUCACAAUUUGGUAGCAGUAUUUGGCAGUAGCAUUUAGGACAAGAACUACAUGUGUCUUGGUUGGUCUCUGUUUUAGAGUACUUAAUAGUUAACAUUCAGCUGAGGGUAAAUAUACACAUGUUGAAAGCUUUUUAUUUUAGUGGCAAAUGUUUUUUGAUUGAACAUUCCAUAUUUAUUAAGAUGUUCCAAAAACAGUGAUAUUUAUUAAUUUCAAUUUAUAUAGCUGUGAUAUAAGAAUUUUUGAACAUUGUCAUUUACAGAUUUUUUCAACUCUCUCUUUGCUGUGUUAUCUACAUGUAUAAGAUGUAUGACAUUCCCAAAGAAAAUAAGACUAAACUAUUUUUCUUGAAUUUAUGCAAUACAGUCAUUGUUUUAAUGCAUUUAACUUAUACAUGUUACAGUAUUGUUACUGUUUGACUGCUUUUAUUCCGUCCAAUUAAUGUCACUAACAACUGGACUUUAUACUUGAUAUAUGCAUUUAUAUUUUGUUUAUAAACUUAAAGCACUAUUUUUAUGUGCAUAUCCGUCCUCAUCUACACCAUGUCCAUUUCUAUAGAAAUGUGAUUUAUCAAUAUUUCAGUGUUU